AUGUGUUCCUCAGGCGACAGUUUUGGUGUUAAUAUACUCCCAGAUUCUUCUCUCACCCCUGCCAAUCUUACAGGGCCACACUACCCCGAGGCACUCCCAGCUACAGGGCCACACUACCCUGAGGCACUCCCCGCUACAGGGCCACACUACCCCGAGGCACUCACCGCUACAGGGCCACACUACACCGAGGCACUCACCGCUACAGGGCCACACUACCCUGAGGCACUCCCAGCUACAGGGCCACACUACCCUGAGGCACUCCCAGCUACAGGGCCACACUACCCUGAGGCACUCCCAGCUACAGGGCCACACUACCCUGAGGCACUCCCAGCUACAGGGCCACACUACCCUGAGGCACUCCCAGCUACAGGGCCACACUACCCUGAGGCACUCCCAGCUACAGGGCCACACUACCCCGAGGCACUCCCAGCUACAGGGCCACACUACCCUGAGGCACUCCCCGCUACAGGGCCACACUACCCCGAGGCACUCCCCGCUACAGGGCCACACUACACCGAGGCACUCACCGCUACAGGGCCACACUACCCUGAGGCACUCACCGCUACAGGGCCACACUACCCUGAGGCACUCCCAGCUACAGGGCCACACUACCCUGAGGCACUCCCAGCUACAGGGCCACACUACCCUGAGGCACUCCCCGCUACAGGGCCACACUACCCUGAGGCACUCCCCGCUACAGGGCCACACUACCCUGAGGCACUCCCCGCUACAGGGCCACACUACCCUGAGGCACUCCCAGCUACAGAGCCACACUACCCUGAGGCACUCCCAGCUACAGAGCCACACUACCCUGAGGCACUCCCAGCUACAGGGCCACACUACCCUGAGGCACUCCCAGCUACAGGGCCACACUACCCUGAGGCACUCCCAGCUACAGGGCCACACUACCCUGAGGCACUCCCAGCUACAGGGCCACACUACCCAGAGGCACUCCCAGCUACAGGGCCACACUACCCUGAGGCACUCCCCGCUACAGGGCCACACUACCCUGAGGCACUCCCAGCUACAGGGCCACACUACCCUGAGGCACUCCCAGCUACAGGACCACACUUCCCUGAGGCACUCCCAGCUACAGGGCCACACUACCCUGAGGCACUCCCAGCUACAGGGCCACACUACCCUGAGGCACUCCCAGCUACAGGGCCACACUACCCUGAGGCACUCCCAGCUACAGGACCACACUUCCCUGAGGCACUCCCAGCUACAGGGCCACACUACCCUGAGGCACUCCCAGCUCAUAAGGGUCAUACCCUGCAUUAUCAAUAA